AUGCCUGGCCCUCCCCAUUCCGGUCCCGGCCCUGCUCCUGGAUCAUUCCAUCCUGCCGUGACGACUGGACCACCUCCUCAGAUGUCGAUGCAGACAUCGCUUCCGCCGGCGCCCUAUCCUCCUGCUUAUGCUAUGCCCCCGAACUCCAAUCCUGCCGUCGCUGGCGCCAUGUCGGAUACGACGAUGAUGAUACAUGAUCCUAACAUGGGUGCGCCUGGCAUGUCCCCAAGGCAUCAUUCUGCUGCUAUGCUCUCUGCGCAUAAGAGAGCAUAUCGCCAGCGUCGCAAAGACCCUAGCUGUGACGCGUGUCGCGAACGCAAAGUUAAAUGUGAUGCUACCGACACGUCUAGCUGCACUGAGUGCUCAAGCAGGAGCGUCAAAUGCCAGUUCACCAAGGAGACCAACCGACGCAUGUCGUCGAUGAAGCACGCUCAAGACCUCGAACGCCAGCUCGAGGAAACUCGACAGGAGAACCGACAGCUACGUAACAUGCUCAGCGAUCAAGGCGGCGCAACUCCAGGUGCUUCCAUGGCGCCCCCAUCGACGAGUGUCUCAGGACCUCCAGAAAUCACUCCCAGCAAGCAACGAAACGGACGUCCACUCGUUAUGAACAGUUUCGACGGCGUGAGGGCAAACCUGCGCAAAUUCAGCCAGGGCAUCUUCAAGCCACCGCAUCCCUACAGCAAGCCUACCCUGGUCGACAAUCUCUUGCAGAACUAUCACACUGUCCUGCAGCCGCUGUGCCCAUUCCUUCAUUGGCCCAGCUUCAUCGACGAAUGCGAACAGCUGUACAGAAGGGGCACCUUCCAAGGCUUGCGCCAAAUCUGGAAGGCUCUCUUCUUUGCAGUCCUCGCAUGUGGCUGCAGCAUACAAGACGCGAGAGGAUCCGCACAUCCUGAAUCAGAAUGCAUCAAAUUUGCCGAGGUGGCCAAAUACUGCACGAAGUCGGUGGACGACGACAUCUCGCCUGACCAUGUGCGCACUUCUCUGCUCCUCAGUAUCUGUUUCUCGAACAUGAAUCGCAAGGCAGCGAGUUGGUUCUGGCUCGGCUCGGGUGUCAGGUUUGCUCAGUUGCUAGGCCUGCACCGAGAGCAUGGUCAGCUACCACAGUUCGAGGCCGAGAUGCAAACCCGUCUCUGGUGGUCUGUCUAUAACUGGGACAGAAUUCUCUCUCUCGAACUCGGCCAGGUUCCCAUCAUUGACGAUGGCGACGUCGACGUCAGCGAACCUACUCCAGUUGACGAUGCAAGUAUAGGGCCAAACGGACUCGGCAACCCAGGUGCACGUCCGAACUCGCUUAUUGUCUUUGUCCCUAUUGUGCGCAUCAUUUAUCCUCUCAAGAAGACGCUCAAGUCUCGCGCCAUAACCGCCUCGACUCUCAACGCCUACGAUGAACACUUCCGCUCUAUUAUGGGCUCCUGGCCCGAUCCGUACCCGAUCCACUCGAACGCUCCGCUCGAUCCUGUAUAUUUCAGCGCUAUAUUCUUGCUGCAGAUAGCCCGCUUCCACUUGUAUCGCCACAACCUCGCACCUCCCUGUCGCCCUCAAGAACGCAAAGACGCCCUAUACCGCUGCCUCUCGGUGGCCAAGGACACAGCCGUCUAUCUCCAGCGCUCGAUCCAGACUUCUCCUGGUCCACCUCGCUACUCCGCUCGGCCUUUACGCCCAAGCCCUGAAUGGAACGCACGAAUGGCUGACAUUGCCCCUUUCUUCCUCGUCUUCCACUUCUGGCGUUGCACUCUUGUAGCUGCUCUUUGUGGAGAUUACGCGACUGCUAUAACCUGUGUGAUGCCACUGAGCGCAAUUGGUACUCGUGUGAUAGUCAACCCGGCUUGUGGACGCUACAUCUCCUUCUUCUUGGAUUGCCUUAUCGAGCGCAUCCAGAGUGGCAGAGGUAGCCCUGAGAUGCUGGAGGCAGACGAAGAAAUGCUAGCCUAUACGAGCGCCGAUAUGCAAGGGUCUCACGAGACUGCCUGGGCUUGGACUGGUGGCGAGGUGUUGCAGAGAACAUUGGAUCACACUGCCACUGCUGCUGAGGGUGCAACCAGCGCAUACGACCAAUCAAUGGGAGAAGAGCCGGAAUGGAACGGGUGGAAUCGCGUAUUGGACAUCCUAUCUCAAUUGGAACAAGAACAGCAUCGCAGCAUGCAGCAGCAAGGCCCGCCACCUUCGCAACCACAGGCUCUUCAACAGCAACAGCAGCAGUUGCAACAGCAACAACCUCCUCCACCACCGCAGUAUGCAGCACAGCACAUGCCUCAGCAGUAUGCUCAACUCCACCAGCAAGCGCCAUCAGCGCCAUACUUCCAAUCACCCAGAGCGCCAACGCCGCACAUGACCCCAGCACCGACCAAUGCCGGGCCAUCCAAUGCCCCCACACCAGCGGGCACAAGCUCUCGCAUCAGCAUUAAAGAUAUUAUUUAG